GUAGUGUUCCCGAAUGGAACCGCAACGCUGCAAACCCGUUCUUUGGAGUGACUUUAGUGUUUGUUUAUCAUUUUCUUGUCGUAACUGGUAAAGUCUGUAUUGUACUCUUUGAACGUAAAUGUGUGGCUUGUGGAGGUAAACCUUCCCAGAAGGUGCUAUGUUAGCGACACAGUCGACAGACACGCCUCCUGAGGCUAAACAUGUCAAACAGAUCAAAGAGAAGUUGGUCCAGUCACUGAAGGCCCUGCAGAAGCGAUACAUAACGUCAGAUGCAUUGGUAACCAGUGACGAUGGAGACGCUAACCUCCUGUGCUGUGCCCUGGAGGCCCUUUUCAUCCAUGGUAUCAAGAGCAAGUACAUCCGAUCUGAUACUGGGAGCCGGAGUCGGAAGGGUGAACGAGGUCUUCUUCCCCAGCCAUUCUUCUGGGGCCUCCUCAAGACUGUCACUCAUGGUAAUGUGGUCUCAGAGCUGGAGAAGCUCAACUUUGUGAGCACAGAUGUGGGUCGCUGCCGUGCAUGGCUACGGCUGGCCCUCAACGAUGGGCUGCUGGACUGUUACCUUACAUCACUGUUUCGUGAGAACUCCAAGCUGCGAGCACACUAUCAGCCCAACGCUUUGCUCCUGAACACUGAGGAGAGAGAAGUACUGCUCAGCUACCUCCAGGGUCUUGACUCGUUAACAUUCAGUCUGUCAUACAAAUCAGCUGUUCUCAAUGAUUGGACCACUACACCUCUUGCUCUAGCUGGACUCUGCCCGCCUUUGCAGGCGGACACAUUUGACCUACCGCUCAAUGGUGGAGACCCGGCCACGACCACAUGUAAAGAAUCAUGGGAUACAGUGUCACAGUCAUCCAGCUUGUCAGAUGCAUUAGACAUGCAGAAUGGCUGCCCAGCGGUAGAGAGGGAUGCAAACAUAAUGCGAUCCAGUAUGAUCAUGCUCAAUUCAUCCAACUUAAGCUUGGCCACCACAGGCUCCUCUCAACUCUCCUCCAGCCUGAGCUCUGAUGGCCUCCUGCAGGGGCAGGAUCCUCGCAGCCCAACAGGCGAGCAGUGGUCCUCAUGUGACCUGGAAGUGUCUCUCAACAUCAGUGCCACAAAGCCUGCCAAAGACACGCUUGGUGAGUUCCGGGAGAGUGGCACCUGCAGUCAGGACUCCAUGCGUGAAGAUUCCUUUGUCUCCAGCACGGGCCAGGAUCUCUCUGAGACGGCUAUAUUUAGCAGCUCUGACAGUGAGACCCAGGGUCCCACUACGCCAUUCCAAGACCUCUCAGACCAGGCCCCAAACAUUGCACUUUCUAAUUCAGAGCCACAAACAUCCAGUGCACCUCAGUUAUCCAAAGAGUGCCUGGUCAACCCCUCACCCUCUGAUGUGUGCAUUCUCGCCUCUUCUGAGAUGCAUCUGCAUGCUGACACGCUCUCCAAGGUCAGUGACCGUGACGACUCUGAGGAGACUGUGCAAGCAGUCAAUGCUCAGCAUGGUAAUGAAGUUGUUGAGAAAGCACAAAAGUCUGGAAAGGCCCCCAGCUCAGAGUCUUCAGUACAUCAAGUACCAUGCCGCACUACGAGCAUCCUCAGAAGGAAUGGAUCCUUAGAUUUACUAUCGCGUCCCCAUUCCUGGAUUUCCGAUGAUGACAUCUACAAGCCCCACCAGCUGGAGGUGUCUGACAUAGAUGAGUCACCCACUGCUGACCUGAGUGCUCCCAUACCUGAACCUAAUAUCACUCAGUCACCUCCCAGUGUUGUCCAUCGCAGACAGAUAGGCUUGUCCAACCCGUUUAGAGGUUUGCUGAAGCUUGGUCACCUCGAACGACGGGGUGCUGUGGGAAUUUGGCGCGACUACUACUGUGAGCUUUCGCCAUUCGAGUUCCGUCUUUAUCUUAACGACGAGGAACGGACAUGUUGUGAUAACUGCUCCCUGGUACGAUGCGAAGAUGCUCGCAUCACCUCUCCCGAGGGUCGCUUUGAGUUGGCGUUUUCUGGGAAACGACUGUUCCUACGGGCAGCCAAUCACGAUGAAGCUGAAGACUGGGUGGAUCGAAUCAUAGAGGCUGUUAAUAAAUGCCGCCCAGCAACUUACAUAGACGAGCAGUGGGUGGUGCUGAAAGCCUGCAGGGAGAAUGGUUUCGAAGAAACCUCAGUUUCAUCGCAGACAUCUGCCCCCUCCAGCCCUGAGCAAGGCUUAUCAUCUGACACAGAACAGCACGCUCCUCCUCCUCCUCCACCACAGGAAUUUGACUGGAAUCGAGGUGCUGAUUUGGAAACCGACGCCAUCAAAGAAGCUGUUUUGUACUUGUCCACAGAUCCUGAGGCUCGGACAUGGACCCCUCUGGUUUUCUCGCUUUCUUUGGAGACCUUAAAGGGGUUUCAGGUACAAGAGAGAAGAAAGAUGCUCCGGGUUAAUUACUCCAUUGAGGAAAUCCGAGAUGUAGUGCCAGAUGUCUCUCUAGGGGGACCAGCCUGUUUUAAAAUCUUGACCAUCAAGGAGACCCUUAGGUUCAGGGCAGAGAGUCCUGAGGAGGCACGUUCUUGGAGGGCUCUGACCCGUGGUGCGCUUGAUUCCUACCUGGAGAGUGGGAAGGAUGGAGGCACAGAGGAGACAGUCGCCCCAUGCGCGGGUGUGACUGGAAACCUCCACAGACUAGUGCAGCACCGACUGAAAGAAGACGGAGCUCUGCUUGUUCAUCUGUACACCGUACCGUCUGAGAAAGGGCUGGACGCUCAGAGCUUUAAGUGUGCAGGAUGCACUCAACAGAUUGGCCCCUCCCGGGGCAGAGCCAGGUUAUGUGAGUUCUCAGGCCAGUACUACUGUGACUCCUGUCACCAAGGUGACACCACCAUCAUCCCUGCACGCAUGGUGCACAACUGGGACAUCACACAAAGGGAGGUUUCCAGGAAAGCACUCCAUCUACUGGCUGAGAUAGAACACGAGCCGCUGCUGAACCUGGAGCUGUUAAACCCUGAGUUGGUGAAACAUGCCGAGCCCAUGGGUCAGGCCCACGGACUGCGGCAGAGGUUACGCCUGCUUGGUGAAUACCUACUCACCUGCCACAGCAGGGCCUACAAGAAACUCCAGUCCAGAAUAAAGCAACGAACGUACCUGAUGGAGUCGAGUCAUUUGUACAGUGUCAUGGAUCUGCGACAGAUUGCAGAGGGCCACUAUGUAACCUACCUGGAGACGUUGGUGCAUUAUGCCUCUGACCACGUGUACCACUGUGAUCUGUGCACUCAGCGUGGCUUUAUUUGCCAGAUGUGCCACUCUGAUGACAUCAUCUUCCCCUUCCAGUUUGAUAGCACAACAAGAUGUAAACAAUGUAAGGCCGUGUUUCACCUGACCUGUAAGGUCCCACCGCGCUCGUGUCCACGCUGUGUCAGAAUGAAGAAAUACCUGGAAAGGGAUCUGCAAGACUGAGCGCGACCAGUAGGGAGCAGCAGAGUUCACACCAACAAUCUUUUGCCAGGAAGCUCUGAGCUCAAUUUUUUUUUUUUUUUUUUUUUUUUUUUUUUUUUUUGGGGGGGGGGAAUCUGAAUCUAGCUUUAAGCUAACAUCAAGUGCAAUUAUGAAUGCAGCAUAUCUGCUCUAACUGAUCUGGAAUGUGACCCACUGAAAAGGAAGACAUAAGAGCCACUGGGCUGCAGCAGCUGGGCCCUCUUGCACUAAUUUAAAGGCUCCAUAAGCUUUGUUUACAUGAUGCUGAUCUACCACGGCCAGCUGUUACUGACCAGUGAUUUUAAUACCUCUCUGAAUUCACACUCAGCAAUGCCACGGCACAAACAAAAAGACUAGAUGAUGGUGAAGUUAGCUGCCAAGAAUCUCAAUUCAUGUGCUUGUCUGCAGCUUGUGGAUAUUUCCAUUGUUUCCAGGAGUGCAACAUUCUUAAACUUUGGUACCUGUAAUGUUGUAUAGUAUAUUAUGCAUUUAUCAUGGACACACAAACCAUACAUAUUUAAGUAACACAAUGAGAUUGAAUAUUGCAAAAAGAAAUUAAUGAAGUGAGCACUUGAAAUGUAGUGACAUAUUGUUAUUGUGCCUUUUUUUUUUUAUUUAGGCUUGACACUGUUUUUCUCUUAUGUCACUAAUAUGGGGCCAAAAAGCUGUGUGGAGAUGCCUUGGCUGUUCUUAAAUUUGCUAUAACCACACAAUGAAAA